AUGGUAUUCGCCUACUUUAAAAGAGCUAAAUUGGAAGAUGGAGAAUACAAUAAACUUAAUUUUUUCAUAGCUCUCUACUUGGCCAAUACUAUGGAAGAAGAUGAAACAGAAUACAAGUUAGAAAUUCUACCAUGGCUCUUGGGGGAUAAUUAUUGGAAUAAACUUAAGGGAUUUUUCUUCUAUUACAGAAAUUUUUUCGUACGCUUAAACAUGAGGGCGUGUGUCAGUAGAAAAUGUUGCGAAGAAAUAAUAGACAUAUUUCCCCAGCACGACAUAUGGUGGAAGAGGGAAAGAAAAGUAAGCCACGGCGGAGCUAAUUUGAGGUAUCUCAAGAACAGGUUUUUGUCACCGAAAGGUCCAACCAAGACACCCGUUGGAUGUGUAGUCUGUCAAUCUGGUCUGCCCAGGAGAAGCAAAUUUUUGCCCUACUACUCUCCGAAGUUUCCUUUCAAUUUCGAUUUAAACGCUUCUCCCAAUCUCAAUACGUCUUUGGACGGGCAGUGUUCCUGCGAUGAAUGCUGUCCCGUGGAUUACAACGGCUCGAUAUCGGGUGACAGUCAGCUGAUGUACUAUCACAAUUCGACGUCCACGAAUGAUUUUGUACAAUGA